AUGGAUUCAUUUUUGGAUACCUCGACUGUUUGUCUCUCACCCCAUGUGCGAAAUAUCGCUUACGUCGUUUAUUCUGAAUUUGAGAGCCUAGUAUCGAAAUAUGGCCAGGGUGUUGUUGAUGGGAUUGUACCGAUUAUGAUUCGAACGCUAGAACAAGUUGACCUUCUACAUAAAAGCAAUGAGAUUUUGCAAAAUACAAAUGACCAAAAUGAGAAGGAAAUCUAUUCGCUAACCUCUAGAUUGGAGAAGGAAAUCAAAUCUAGGCGAUUAGCAGAAGAGAAAAUAAUUGCUUUGGAGGAUGAAAUGUCUGAAAUGCGUGUCAAGAUGGACAACAAAUUGGCAGAUUUCACUAAACUGGCACAUAUUUUUGAAGCUAAGCUUGAUGCAGCGAAUGAACACAUUGCUCGACAAGAGGCGAAGGAGGCGGAGUUACGAAGUGACCUGGCUAGUGCUCAAGCGCGUUGCAAUGAACUCCUUUGCUCCCAUGUGGCUCAUAUGGAGCGUACUAGAAAUCGAAUUCACAAUCUUACUCUGGAAAAGCUGUCGUCUCCUUCUUCUGGAAUUACCCAAUUAAUACCUCGCGCAUCAGAAGUGGGCUUGUUGGAUAUUAAAGAGGUACACCGGAAGAACUUCAGCCAACCUCUUUUGGAGGAGCCUAUAGUCUUGCAACCAGUAGCGAGCUCACCCCCUUCAGUGAGUCGGACCUCUGAAGGCGAAUUACUUGAUGUAUUAGAUGAACCAACAGACUAUGAGCAGUACUUGAACGAGCCAACUUCAACUAGAGUGGUGUCAGAUGAAUCGGAUGAUAUCUCUAAAGUGUCCGAUGACUGUGAAUUCAUGGGCUGCGAAUGUAAGCAUGCGCACAUAUCAAUCGCUGAUCUUUACCGCUCCGCUUUAAAUCAUUGA